GCACCGUGCUUCUUCCGGGGGUCGCCGGCGGAUUGUUCUUUACCAGCUGGGUCCUGCCGACCAGUCCAUCAGUCCGCAAGUAUCCUUCUCUCAACCUUCGACUUGUGCCUUGGCUUCACGGAGUCAACUUAGGCACUGAACUAGUCUAGCUGCCAUGGGUUCACAAAGCCAGGACAGUGGCCCGAACCGACGCCGUCAGUCGUUGUCACUCUCUCUGGCCAUCCGUCCGUCUCUGACUCGGAGGAACAGGCUCUCUCCCCCGCCACCAAACUGUGAAGAAAGCGUUCAUUAUCCCGUCUUCAAUCCACGAAACCCACGACACAACCCUUCCGUUGCGUCUUCGCCAUGGCACCAGGAUGACUACUAUUUACCUGAACCGUCGAACUCUGCAAGGUCCAUUCGCUGGAUGCAAAGCUUGCCCAAGAGAUCGCUCCGCAAAGUCCAUUCAGGUCUUCUGUCUUUUAGGCCUGGGCAUCGCAGACGGUCCAUCCUCGCCCAUCCAAGCCGCAGCGAUGAUAUUCCCAGUCUUUGGUCGUCGACUGAUUCUGCCAAGGACUCUUCGGACCAGCAGGGCACGCUCUACUCAUCAACGGUGUCAGAAGCCAGCACGGAAGAAGACGUCGAGUUCGGCACCGACCUCCAGCGCAUCAGCUGCAACUACGCGCCUGAGCCGGAUGGUGACAUGGACAGGUAUCUACGGAGUCUACCUGCCUCGUUCGCAUGGGAAGAUGGCACACUCUCCUCAGGAUCGACCAUUGGGCCUAGCUGCAGAUCCGAGGUCCUUACCCCAACGGUCUCUAAGACUCACUCGACUAGAUCACCUAGUACCAGGACUGCGGAGAUAGGAAGUCAUGAUACGGCGCCUAGGGAUGGCAUCUCAGGUGACAGCACCGGGAAGGAGAUGAGUGCGCCUAGUGGAAACCCCCAGCCUAUUGCAUCGAUCGCAUCCCCCCGCAGCCCUAGCGAGUCGUACUUUUCGCGAUCAACUGGUAGCGAUGUAGAGGGUCUGUGCAUCACCGCAGCAGUUCCUUCCAACGGUGGCGCCGCUAAGCCGCAGUUGCCCUCUGAGACCGUCGAGACUGACAGGGGUGCCUCGUCCGACUCUUGCAAAUCCACCUGCAACAUGCUGUCCGUGCCAAUCAUCGAAAUAAACAGCUGCAGGCCUGUCAUGACGAGCACGAGCCGGGAUUCUUACGCGUCGGAAAGCCCUCUGAUUCUCGAUGCCGAGUUGGCUAUGGAGUCUCUGGAGCUGUGUGAGCGGCUGGAAUUGAAUGAAGGCCACAGCGGAGAUGAUAGCGCGUCUCUUCCCGACAGUCUUGUGUAUACACAAAGCCAAUCACCAGAAGCAGUCCACUCGAGCAACAUCCGGCUCGCAGAAGCACCGUUGCCUGACAACCAGGAAUCGAAUUACGGUGGCAACACGACGGACCACACUGCUGACAUGCGCGAUAAUUCAGGGCCACAGGGGCGCUCUGCCCCCUGCAACAAUUUCACAGAAAAUAAUCCCUUCACUACGGGCGGAGCAGACCAUCCCAAUGACCAAGAUACCGAUGAGGUUUCAGUAUUGCAAAGCCAGUCGUCCCAGGACGAUCUGGCGUCACUGCUAGCUUUGAGAGAUGAGUAUUUUCUAGUGGACAAAUCCAACGAUCUCCACCCGGAUAGGGGCAACAACGCCACCAAAGCGGAGCGCAGCUUCAGCGGUGAUGGAUGCCUGUACAGUGGGCCAGGGCUCGACCGCAACUCGUCGACCAGAGUGCACGAUAUUCCCGAGAUCAUUGGUCCGCGGACGCCGGUCCAGGGACGCGCCACACGGUCGUUCCGAAGGGAGCGCGAUACCAGCGAUUCGGAUGAGUACCUCGUGACGUAUCCUGUGAUCCAAAGGCAUUACUUUCCGUAACCAAUCGCAAAUAGAGCUUAUGGGGCCAUUAUGCCGUCCUUCUCUUUGCAUGUUAUCUAACUUGUGACGUUCCUUUCACCAACUGUUGUGGCUUGAUGAAUUGUA